AUGGAUCCACGUCGAGCUCGCGAUCCGCGCUUGGCACGCGUGGACCCACGUUUGCAGCGAGGACCAUCUGCGUUGCCCACUCCCUCGCCCCAACAACAAAGUGGGUCAGUACAAAGCGCGCAACAAUGGACUGCGAAUGGAGCAUAUAUGGCUUCACAGUCUAUGGUCCCCAAUGUUCUCAUGCAGCAAGCUGACAUAGCCCCCGAAAAUGCCAUUGCUGGCCCCUCGACUCCCGCAAACAAUGCGGGAUCCUCUGCAUACAAAUCUAGACCACUCUUUUGCGUCGUGUGUGCAAGUAAUCAAAACCGUUCCAUGGAAGGUCAUCAUGUCUUGCAGAAAGCCGGAUACCGAGUGAUUUCUUACGGCACGGGCUCCGCUGUGCGCCUACCUGGACCGUCAAUAGACAAACCUAAUAUUUAUUCGUUUGGUACACCAUAUAACUCAAUAUACGAGGAACUCCAUUCGAAAGAUCCGAAAUUGUACACAGCAAACGGACUUCUUCAGAUGCUUGAUCGCAAUAGGCGGAUAAAGCUAGCACCAGAACGGUGGCAGGACAGCAAGACAGUUGCAGAUGUAGUUAUUACAUGUGAAGAACGUUGCUUUGAUGCCGUUUGUGAUGACCUGCUCAGUCGCGGCGGCGAAUUCAAUAAGCCCGUUCACAUCAUCAAUAUCGAGAUUAAGGACAACCAUGAGGAAGCACUCAUUGCUGGAAAGGCGAUGCUGGAUCUGGCCGCUGCUAUUGAAAUCUCCCAAGAUAUCGAUGAAGAUAUCGAUAGGAUACUGCAGGUGCAACAGGAGCGUCACCCCCACAGUCUUUUACACGCCAUAGCUUUUUACUAG